AUGGAGCGGGGCAGCGGCGAGCCCGAUGAGGUCCUCGCGCUCCGCAGGAUCCUCGCCGUGCUCGCCGCGGAGGGCGCCGAGGGCCCGGACUCGGAGUCGCAGGCGGGCGCCGGGGAGGAGCCGGAGGAGCACCGGCCCCUGCUGUACGCGAGCCUGGCGAGCCUCAGGGACGGUUUUUCGGGCUACUGCGCGUCGGCGCCCCAGGACUUCAUCUCAGGACUGGGAGGGCGAGCGCUCGCGGAGCUGGCCGGGGAGGCUGGGCGAGGUCAGCGCACCCUUCCGCGACCGCCUGCUGCGAGCAGAGCGGGCCUCCGGCGGCUUGGGGCGGCGGCUGCUGUCGGGGGCGGCGGUGGCCAAGGGCGGGGCCAUCUGCGAGCGGCAGCCUCCCCUGCCGUGCAUCAGUACCAGGACUCCCGGCGCGUCUGCGAGGUCUGCUCCCACU